AUGGCAACCCUGAAAGUCAUCAUAAUCGGUGGCGGUCUCGCAGGCGCAUGUCUAGCAAACGGCCUCAUCAACAAAUCCGACGGUCAAAUCGACGUAACAGUCUUCGAACGCGACGAAGCUGGUUCAGAACGAGGAGGCUACCAAAUCCGUCUUGGAGCUCACGCACUCAUUGGCUUUAAAGCCUGUUUGACUCAAGAACAAUACGCGAACCUCCUCCCCUGCUUUGGAAAGUCUGGAGGCGUCGUGUCAUCAGCCCCUUGCAUUUUUAGCCCUUCUGACUUGAAGGUCUUGAUUGACUUGAGUAAAGCUCCCGUUUAUGAGAAGAGCGCUCCGAUUGUACGGACGCGACUCCGGAACUUUCUUCAGAAGCCGUUGCAGGAUAGGGAUUCUAUUCAGUUUGGCAAGAAAUAUGCCAGAUACGAGGUUCUUGAAGGCAAGGCAGCUGGACAGAACAACAUCAGAGUUCACUUUAGCGACAAUACCCAUCGUGACUGCGAUGUGCUCAUAUCUGCUGAGGGAAGCGGAAGCCGUAUUAACAAGCAGAUUGGACUCGACAACAUCAUCACCGAGGUUAAGCCUGGGCAUGGUGGUUACUUGGGCAAAUGUCAUUUACCAUGGUCUGUUCUGCAGACUUUGCCCCGGCAGCUUCUGGAGAAGGGCACUAUUUAUACCGGCAACUCUAAGGCUAUGGUGUUUGCCGCAGUGUAUCUACCAGAAAGCAUGUCUACCAAACGGACUUCGAAUUCAGAUGGCACAGAUCCCCUGAAACCCCAGAACUAUGACGAGGAUGAAGCAUCCCUGUUCCUCGGUAUGGCAUGGACGACAGGACCCGAAGCCGCAGAACUGCCUCAGGUUGAAGAUAAAAAGGGAUUGAUGAAGAAGAAACUCACCGAGGCUGGCUUUCAUCCUGAUUUCUAUAAGCUGGUUGAUGCUGUCGACAACGAAGCAAUCAUGACGACGCCUUGGAGAUACGCAAAGAACGAGACACCUAUUGAUUGGAGACGACAGCUUUUAUCCCAGCACGAGAAUAAGCCAGACCCCAGCAUUGCGAAUGCGCGUGUUUGGCUUAUAGGGGAUUCUAUCCAUCCGAUGCUACCAUCAAGAGGAAUGGGCGCGAAUAAUGCUAUCCACGACACAGCCGAUGCACUCGGUCCACUACUGGAGCUUGCGAAACUGAAGAGCUUGCAUGGUAAUGUGACUGAUGACCAGGUCGGUGUCCAGUUGGCUGUAUAUGAGAAAGCUAUGAUGCCAAGGGCUUUUGAAUGGGUCAGGAAGAGCAGCAAUCAGCAGUUGCCGGAUUUGGAUAGUUUGACUGGAAGAAGCAUAAUUCUUGGUCUGCGUGUCAUGCUUUUCGUAGUUAGUGGUUUUAUGAGUUGCCUGAGGAUGUUUGGAUGGGAACCGACGGAUGAUGCGCCUGAACUUCCUUGA